AUGACGGCCAGCGAGAAGUUGAUCGUCAUCAUCGGUGCAACUGGCACGCAAGGGGGCUCAGUUGUUGACGCCUUUCUCGAACUACCCGGCUGGAGACUUCGAGGUGUCACGCGUCAUGCAUCAGGAUCGAAAGCCCGGAAAUUGGCAGCCCGGGGCGUUGAGAUCGUUGAAGCAGAUCUCGACAACUCGGAAUCACUUAUACGUGCAUUUAAUGGAGCUCAUGUCAUAUUUGGAGUGACUGACUUUUGGAGGCCGCUGAGCGACCCAAAUCUCAACAAACAUCGAAAUCGAGGACAAGACCUAAGCCAGUGGGGUUAUGAGUAUGAGCUUCAACAGGGAAAAAACAUAUUCGACGCAGCAACCAAAAUACACACCUUGGAGCGUUUCGUUUUCUCUACAAUUGCCGACGUGGCUGAACAUAGUGAAGGAAAGUACACUGGUGCCUAUCACGCAGAUACAAAAGCGCAUGCGGAGCGAUAUGGAAGACAAAGAUACCCCGAGCUUUGGAAGAAGACCAAUACUAUUCAAAUUGGUGUAUAUUUGUCAAAUUUUGCAGAACUUUCCACAGAGAUGCCUAAGAAAGAAUCAGACGGGUCUUUCAGCUUCGUCAGCCAGUUUGCUGUUGAAACUCCACUCCCAUUGAUUGCAGCAAACGAGGAUACUGGUCUACUAGUGAAAGCCUUGCUCAAUGAGCCUCCGGGGACAAAACUCAUAGGCUACAGAGCCUGGAUGACAUUCGGAGAAUUUGUCGAGAUAUGGAGUAAAGUACUCAAUGUCAAAGCCAAAGUCACUACAAUUCCCAUCAGUGACGUGUUAGACAAGAUGCCAGGGGACCUGGAUUCUGGCGUCAGAACAAUGUUGGCAGAAGGCAUGGCAAAUAUGACAGAGUUCGGGUACAAACUACGAGAAGAUCCCGCUUUGACACAGCCUUACGAACUGCGACAUCAGCCUCAACUAGGUAGCGUGGAAGAAUGGGUGAGGAAGCAGGACUGGUCUGCAGUGCUGAACAAUGAAUAA